AUGUCUCGUGAACUAGAUUCACUCGAUACACAAGAUGCAGAAUCAAACGAAUAUCGCCGAAUGAUUAAAUCGAUCCAAGCAAAACUAAUUGAAAGCAUUCGCGAACAAGAUGCUACUCAAGAACAGAUUCAGUCGUUUAAAGAAACUAUAAGUAAGAUUCAACGAGAAUUAAGUCAAAGACCACAUGUAGAUUUCCAACUGAAUCUUCCACCGUUAAUCUUCGAUAAUAAUUUUAUUCAAAUCGAGAAAACUAACGUUAGUUUUCGACUUCAGUCUACUGUUCAUUCGGUAUUAAAAACUCAAGCUGUAUCAUCUGACGAAUGCAUAGUCAUGACGAAUAAUUCGAGAUAUUUACUCUUUGGGAAUCAAGGAAAUUUAUGUUUGUGCGAUAAAAAUUUGAUUAUGAUCAAGCAAACACCGUGGAUACAUGGUUGUAUAAGAGAUAUGUGUUACUCAAAUGCUCUUGCGAGAUUUAUUCUUCUAGCAGAGAAUGGAAUGUUCACUUUGAACGAGGAAACAAUGAAUAUCGAAGAAGGGAAAGUCUCCCCGAAAGCAAAACAAUCAUGGCGUUGUUGUGCGUCGACGAAUCAACGUUUAUUUCUUACAUCAGGAGAAUCACAUCGUGUCGUACAAGAGUAUGUGUACGUCGAAGAUGCAUACUCACGGAAACGGAAACAUCUAUGUUGUACUCAAAAUGAAUAUAUCGAACAUAUAAAAUGUUCGAACGACGACAAAUUAGCUUUGAUUAUUUUAAACGAUUCAGACAAUGAAAGACGAUUGGAUCUAAGGUCGAUUGAAGAUUUCCAUCAAUUAUGGACUAUAUCGUUGCAAAUUCAUAAGAAAGUUAAUAUCAUAUCAUGUUGUGCACUGAAUGAUAAAAGUUGGCUGAUUGUUAAUCUCGCCGAGAAUUUACUCAUUCAUGUGACUGCGCAAGGAGAAAUCAAACAAACUAAAUCAUAUCAUCCAUCUCCUCAAUAUGCUGUUCAAUUCGACAAUAAACUAUUAACAAUUUUAACAGAUCAAAGUAUCCGUUUACAUGAAAUUCAAUGA